AAAGGUUGCUGAGUCAUUAUGUUAUCAUCAACUGUCUACCUACUCUUGUGGUGGAUAUACAAAUAUUUGAUGUGACGAACACUUCUAUUCUGGACACCAGCAUUACCACACUCCCUUUAAGUACCUGCAGCAAACAAACAUUUUUUUUCCCAAGUUCUUCAACAAUUUCUUUCAACACAUUCCCACAUCUAAAUUCAAUCAUGCAUAACCUUAAUGGCCAAUUCAUAGUGCCAAAUGAAGAGGAACAAUUCAUAAAAGUGUUGAAUUUUCCUGGGGCCUCAAUUCUUCCCAUGGUCAUAAAAGCUGCUAUCGAGCUCGAUUUAUUCGAGAUCAUGGCCAAAGCUCAUCACCCAAGUGCCCAGCUAUCGGCUCGUGAGAUUGCAUCCCAUCUUCCCACAAAGAACCUCGAAGCCUCACUUAUCCUCGAUAGGAUGCUGCGAUUCCUUGCCAGCAACUCCAUCCUCACUUGCUCGCUCAUCAGAGAUGAAGAUGGACAGGCAACAAGAUUAUAUGGCAUGGGACCUAUAUGCAAGUACUUUGUUCGCAAUCAACAUGGAGUUUCUUUCGGUCCUUGUAUUCAGUUCCUUCAAGACAAAAUAGUCCUUGAAUCUUGGUACCAACUCAAAGAUGUAAUUAUUGAGGGAGGAAUCCCAUUUGACAAGGGCCAUGGGAUGAAUGCAUUCGAAUACCCUGGGAAAGACAACAGAUUUAAUGAAGUUUUCAAAAAGGCUAUGAGCAGCCACUCCGCUCUAGUCAUGGAAAAAAUUCUUGAAACAUACAAGGGGUUUGAGGGCAUACAAGAGAUAGUAGAUGUGGGUGGUGGGCUUGGUGGGUUUGAGGGCAUACAAGAGAUAGUAGAUGUGGGUGGUGGGCUUGGUGUAACACUACGUAGUAUAGUUUCAAAGUACCCUCAUAUUAGGGGUAUUACCUUUGAUUUGCCUCAUGUGAUUAAAGAUGCACCUCCUUGCUCAGGUGUGGAGCAUGUUGGGGGAGAUAUGUUCGAAAGUGUUCCAAAAGGGGAGGCUAUCUUCAUGAAGUGUCUUUCUACCAUUAGAAACGUCCUUCAUGAUUGGUGUGAUGAUCACUGCUUGAAGAUAUUGAAGAACUGCUGGAAUGCAUUACCAAAUUCUGGUAAGGUGAUAGUGGUGGAAUUAAUAAUACCAGAAUACGCUGAAACUGAUCUUAGGUCUCAAAAUGCCAUUAUCGUUGACAUGAUAAUGUUGAAUAUCAACCCCGGAGGAAAAGAGAGGACAGAGAAGGAGUUUGAGACAUUGGCAAGAGGAGCUGGAUUUACUGCGUUGAAACUUAUAUGUCGCAAAUAA